AUGCAGUGGGUGAAGGUGCUUGGGGGGGUGGUGGGGGCUGCUGCCCUCUUGGGGCUGGGGAUCAUCCUCGGCCACUUUGCCAUCCCUAAAGGGGCCAGUGUCCCAGCGCCCAGCGUCUCCCAGGACCUGGACCUGGAGAUCCUUGAGACCGUCAUGCAGCAGCUGGAUGCCAGCAGGAUCCGAGAGAACCUCAGAGAACUCUCCAGAGAGCCUCACUUGGCCUCCAGCCCCCGGGAUGAGGCCCUGGUGCAGCUGCUGCUACAGCGAUGGCAGGACCCGGAGUCGGGCCUUGACGCAGCUGAGGCGCCCGCCUAUGAAGUGCUGCUGUCCUUCCCCAGCCAGGAGCAGCCCAACCGUGUGGCCGUUGUGAGUCCCACCGGGAGCGUCGUGUUCUCCUGUCGCCGGAGCGAGCAGAACCUGACUGGGGAGCAGGCGGGGCCCGACGUGGUGCCCCCAUAUGCCGCCUACGCUCCCCCAGGAACCCCACAGGGCCUCCUCGUCUAUGCCAACCGAGGAACGGAAGAAGACUUUAUGAAUCUACAGACUCAGGGCAUCAAACUGGAAGGCACCAUUGCGCUGACCCGCUAUGGGGGUGCAGGACGAGGGGCCAAGGCUGUGAACGCUGCCAAGUACGGGGUCGCUGGGGUGCUGGUAUACACGGACCCCGCAGACAUCAACGACGGGCAGAGCUCCGCCAACGAGACCUUCCCAAACUCCUGGCGCCUGCCUCCGUCUGGGGUGGAGCGAGGCUCCUAUUAUGAGUAUUUUGGGGAUCCCCUGACUCCCUACCUUCCAGCCAAUCCCUCUUCCUUUCGCCUGGAUCCUGAUGCUGCUCCUGGAUUUCCUCCGAUUCCCGCUCAACCCAUUGGCUUCGAUGAUGCCAAAAGCCUUCUCUGUAACCUCCAGGGACCCGUGGCCCCGGCUGCCUGGCAGGGAGCACUGGGUUGUGACUACAGGUUGGGGCCCGGCUUCCGGUCUGAUGGUGACUUCCCAGCAGACAGCCAGGUGAACGUGAGUGUCCACAACCGCCGGGAGCUGCGGAACUCCUCCAACGUCCUGGGGAUCAUCCGCGGCGCUGUGGAGCCAGACCGCUACGUGCUUUACGGAAACCACCGCGACAGCUGGGUACAUGGGGCCGUGGACCCCAGCAGUGGCACUGCCGUCCUCCUGGAGCUCUCCCGAGUCCUGGGGACCCUGCUGAAGAAGGGAACCUGGCGUCCCCGCAGAUCUAUAGUGUUCGCGAGCUGGGGCGCAGAGGAGUUUGGGCUCAUUGGCUCCACAGAAUUCACCGAGGAAUUCUUCAGCAAGCUGCAGGAGCGCACCGUGGCCUACAUCAACGUGGACAUCUCGGUGUUUGCCAAUGCCACUUUGAGGGCGCAGGGGACGCCCCCGGUCCAGAGCGUCAUCUUCGCUGCGGCCAAACAGAUCCCCGCACCAAGCCCGGUUGGCCUCAGCAUCUACGACAACUGGAUCCGGUAUUCCAACCGUAGCAGCCCAGCCUACGGUGUGGUUCCCAGCCUGGGCUCUCUGGGCGCUGGCAGCGACUAUGCACCUUUCAUUCACUUCCUGGGCAUCUCCUCCAUGGACAUCGCCUACACCUAUGACCGGAGCAAGACUUCAGCCAGGAUCUACCCCACUUACCACACAGCCUUCGACACCUUUGGUUACGUGGACAAAUUUGUGGACCCUGGCUUCAGCAGCCACCAGGCUGUGGCCCAGACAGCAGGGAGCGUGCUUCUUAGGCUCAGCGACAGCCUCUUCCUUCCUUUGAAUGUCAGUGACUAUGGAGAGACCCUCCGAAGUUUUCUGCAGGCUGCACAGCAGAACCUGGGGGGCCUGUUGGAGCAGCACAGCAUCAGCCUGGGACGUCUGGUGACUGCAGUGGAGAAAUUUGAGGCCGCAGCCGAGGCCUUGGAGCAGCACCGAUCUGCGCUGCAGAAAGGCUCCCCUGACCCCCUGCAGGUCCGAAUGCUCAACGACCAGCUGAUGCUCUUGGAGCGGACCUUCCUAAACCCGAGAGCCUUCCCAGAGGAACGCUACUACAGCCAUGUGCUCUGGGCACCCCGCACCAGCUCCGUAGCCACAUUCCCCGGCCUGGCUAAUGCCUGCUCCAGGGCCAUGAACACCAGCCUUGGAUCGGAAGCCUGGGCUGAAGUGCGGAGGCAGCUCAGCAUCUUGGUGGUGGCCCUGGAGGGUGCAGCGGCCACCCUAAGGCCUGUGGCUGACCUCUGACCCCAGCUCCCCACAGCCUUCAACCUGACAUUCUCCCACUCCAGUUUUCUUUGAGUGUGUUCCAGUCUUCCUUGAUGCCAACUUGAGGCCCAAUUAAGGGACCCUAUCAAGCUUCUGAGACAACAGCUUAGGGUCCCACCAGUUGGGGACACCGGAGGGGAAUGAGAUGCUUUCCUCAGGGUAUAUACCCCUACCCUGUCUCAACUCCUCCCUGCCCUCCCCCAA